AUGAUCUUUGUUGAGGAUGAUGGCACAGAGGGGGUUUACACGAUAUCAUUGCAAGAUGAUGCGAUAUACGACAUCUGUUUAGUCGGGCUGCAGAACGCAAAGCAAGCUCUUUACGAAGCCGUAAUUUUGCCGGCACUGAGGCCUGAGCUUUUUACCGGGCUUCGUUCUCCUGUUCAGGGAAUUUUGCUGUUUGGUCCACCAGGAAACGGGAAAUCAAUGCUGGCAAAAGCGGUUGCCGGCGAAUCCAAGUGCGUGUUUUUUAACGUCUCAGCCGCUUCUCUCGUCUCAAAGUGGGUAGGCGAAGCAGAAAAGCUAGUGAAGGCGAUGUUUUUGCUUGCCAGAAAGGUUCAACCCGCCAUCAUUUUCAUUGAUGAGAUCGACUCUAUCCUUCGAGAACGUUCCGGCAGCGAUAGCGAAGUGAGUCGGCGACUAAAGACCGAGUUCCUUGUUCAUUUCGAUGGGGUUGGAAGCGAUCCGUCAGACAGACUGUUAGUGAUGGGCGCUACGAACAGACCAUAUGACCUAGAUGAGGCCGUUCUGAGACGCUUUCCCAAACGGAUAUACGUCGGCUUGCCAGAGCUCAAUGAUAGGAUUCUGCUUGUAGAACGACUACUAAAAGACCAGGUGAACUGUAUGACUGAAGCCCAUAUUCGAAGGGUAGCCGAAAAGACCGACGGUUACUCGAAUAGUGAUCUAAAGAAUUUAGCGAAGGAAGCCGCGAUGGGGCCUUUAAGAGCAAAACUGUUUUUCAACACAUAUUUUCAUAUUAUAAUGAGCUGGCUAAUGACUUCAACCAUAAUUGUUAAAAACAACUGUAGCCAAGAUGAUCUGGGACCAGUAUCAGAGUACUCAUGUCGAGUAAAUACGGUAUUAGGAAUUGAAACAGUGAUUGACAGCGGAAUUUGA